CCAUACUAACUCACCUCCUCUUCAAGGUGUGCACAGUGAACCUCGUCGUCGACAAUCAGACCGACUUUACACUCUACCCCUUUACCCCGACAAGCAUGGCAACCUGGUAUGGCAGGAUUAAGACCAACCCCGGCAUCGUCAAGCCCCAUACCAGCAACACACAAGCUGGUGAAUUCGCGUCCAGGGAAAACACCGCGACGGGAACUACCGGCGUGACGGUCUACACAGGGUUGGACCCCAAUAAGGUCUUGAUCCUGCUCAUCAUGAUGCCCUACGGCACAGGCACUACCAACAAGACCAAGGUUGCCUUUUACGACAAGUCCAACACCACUGUCAACCAGGACCUUGUCGAGCAUGUGUGGAACAAACGGUGUUGCCGGAGAGAAUGCCGAGUGGUCGUGGUCCGAGGAAGGAAAGACCCAUUCUGUUUAUGUUGCAUCCAAGAUUGGCCAGGGGAACAACGUCACGGCCACUUUCACAGUCACAUUGAAGAAGUAGAUGCGCCAGGAGCCGGAGCUUCCAGGAAGAACAACUCCCGGUGAGCGAAGAUGUCGUGGAGCUGGUUUGUGGUCCCGUGGCCAGGGGGAAGCUUUAGUACGCAGCUGCCUUGGCCUAGUACUUUAGGUU